AUGUCGUACAACAACGUCGGUCUCUCGACCGCCCGUGGAUCCGGCACCAAUGGUUACAUUGUCAAGAACACGUCCCAGCUCCAGAUCCGCCAGGGUCCCCCCGGCUUCUCGGGUCAGCAGCGGUACGAAGACUACUUGAACGAGAUUGCCAAGCCGCCCGUCCACCGUGCGCCUGACGCGGGCAUCCUCGAGCACGAGAGGAAGCGCCAGGUCGAGAUUAAGUGUAUGGAGCUGAGGGACAAGCUCGAGGAUGAUGGUCUUGAGGAUGACGAGAUUGACGAGAUGGUCGACGCUCUCCGCAAGAAGCUCUCGGCAUCCAACAUGGCCAUCCCCGGCCGUCGCGCCACCGACUCGCACUCGGUCGCGGCCGCCAAGGAGGUCGAGAUGAACCGUCUCAAGAACGCCCUCGACAUCCGCUCCGACCACGUCGAGGGCCGUGCCUUCCACCGCGAGACGGACGAGGAGCGCGCCGUCCGCAUGGCUGAGAAGGAGGAGCGCGAAAAGGCCCGUAUUGAGGCGGCGCUCAAGCGCGAGGAGGAGGAGGCGCGCCGCGUCAAGGACCGCGAGGAGCGCGAAAAGCUCAGGCGUAGGGAGGAGUACCGUCGCAGGCAGGAGGCCGAGCGCCGUGGCCGCAGGGACGACUCGCGCUCGCGCUCCCCGUCGCCCGACCGCCGCCGCCGUGCUCGCGACGACGACUCGCGUUCCCCGGCUCCCCGCCGUCGUGACGACUCGCGCUCGCCCGCUCCCCGCCGCCGUAGGCCCGACACGCCCACCCCGCCACCCCGUGGUCGUUCCGAGUCGCGCUCGCCGCCUCCCGCUGCUCGUCGCCGUGCCGACUCGGACUCGCGUAGUCCUCCCCCGCGCCGUCGUCGUUCCCCCUCGGACUCGCGCAGCCCGCCCCCGCGUCGCCGUUCGCCUCCCGACUCGCGCUCGCCGCCCCGCAGGAGGCGGGACUCGGACGACGAGUCGGACUAG